CUGAGAAGGAGUGUGAACUACAAGACCUCGGGAGGUCCUUUCCAGCCUCACUUAUUCUGUGAUUUUUUUUUUUCCUCCAUUCUGUGAUUCAUAAAGGAAACUUUACUAAUUCUUCUUCUCUAUUGGUGCUUAAAAACAAAAUAGAUACAAGGAAAAUUAAUUAUUGUCUCUCUGAAUUAGUUUCUAACUUUUGGCGGGGGAGCAUUAAGUUGUAGCUUUCCUUUUGCCUCUGAGGGCCUUGAGGUGACCACCAGCAAAGGGGAGGGGGUGCGUGCACGUGUGUGCUUUUUUUCUUUUUUUUUGGUCACUCCAUCCUCCCCCAAAAUGGUACCAUAUAAAGGGACACUGUACUCUAUCCUAUUAUCAUUUUAUACUGUUGCCCAUAAUGUCUCCCUUUACCAGUCAUGGUGGAUUUUUGUCUUAUUCCUAUUUCUCCCGAUCUUUAUUUUUGCGCAGGAGAGUUGACCAAAGUCCCUUCCUCUGCAUUUGGCUAUGUCUGUUCCCUUUUUUCCUUCCUUUUUCCCAUUGUCAAUAUUUGUCUGCCUGCCACUCUCCUCCUCUCCCCUUUUCUGGCUGUGAGGCAAAUAGGACCUGGAAGGAUGGACAUAAAUGGAGUGUUAUCUUGAUGAAAGUGAUAUUGAUGCCAGCGGUCUGUUCUGUAGACAGGUAGCCUGCUCCAGUUUGCAGCCCUAGUGAGCCAUGUUAGAGUUCUGCAUUUGCAGUAUUUCCCCUUUUCUGCUUUCUAGGUUCUUCCAAAAUCAAUACCUUCCAGCUUAUUGAGCAACAUAGCACACAGGUUUUGCCAGUUGAGCCAGGAACAGAGAACUUUCCAAAUAAGUUUAUUUUUGCAAUAGAAAUACAGGUUAAAAAAAAGUUUAAAAAUCAUCCUAAUGGGCUUUCUUUUGGAACUGGCUAACUUUGCAUACCUUUGCAGCUGUUGUUACUAGUAAUACAGGCUGAACCCUUGUGCUUGCACGACUGGAAAGUAAGCUGAUGAAAGUAAUUCUGUUCUUAGCAUCUUGGUAGUUGAGAACAUGGAUAUAGGACUAAAAAGUUAACAGUAUGUUUUGGCAUAAACUAUGUUUUAAUCUUAGAUUUUCUUAUUAUUGAGCAUAUUUAAUAGCAAGCAUGAAAUAGUGGGUUUAAAAAGAUGUUACACCAGGGAGUCCUUGAUGCAACAGGACAGCGUUUUACAUGCUGUGUAUCGUGUGGAACCUCUAACUCAGUGUUGUAUGCCCUUUUGAAAAAAGGGAGAUUACCCAAAGAUGAUGUGAGGUUUUUUAGCUAAUGUUUCAGUACUAUCUCAAUCUACAAACUUUGCGCUUUACGUAGAUUUUUUUUUUUUUUUUUUAGUUAUUGUAGAAAAUUGAUGCAGGUGUUAAUGUUUGUUUUCAGGCAGAUAUUGUAGUUUGUACGUCUGAUGCAAACAGAAAAAUAAUAUAUGCCUGUUGCUUCAUUUUGUAGCUAGAGUACAGAAGUGAUGUUUUAGGAUAGACAGAAUCAAGUAAUAGCGCUAGAGAACAUGGUAGAAAAGCAUUGUGUUUUGUGGCCGUCUAAAUGUGUUUACGUUGUGGUACAUGUUAAAUUCGUUUUGGAUAAAUGAAUGCAGUGCCUUUGGACAUGUGACAGGGGACAUGACAGCCGUGACUUAGUACCAUUUGAAAGCUGGACAAACCUGCAGAAGGUUGCAGUGUCAGAUGUCACUAGUAGAUUUGGGAAAGAAACUUUUAGAAGCUGCCCGAGCAGGUCAAGAUGAUGAAGUUCGCGUUUUGAUGGCAAAUGGAGCACCUUUUACCACAGACUGGCUGGGAACAUCCCCGCUUCAUCUAGCAGCGCAGUAUGGACACUACUCAACAACAGAAGUAUUGCUGCGAGCAGGUGUAAGUCGGGAUGCCAGAACCAAAGUGGACAGAACUCCGUUACAUAUGGCAGCAUCAGAAGGCCAUGCCAGCAUAGUAGAAGUCUUACUCAAGCAUGGUGCUGAUGUCAAUGCAAAGGACAUGCUCAAGAUGACUGCACUUCACUGGGCUACGGAACAUAAUCACCAAGAAGUGGUAGAACUCUUAAUAAAGUACGGAGCAGAUGUCCAUGCUCAGAGUAAAUUUUGCAAAACUGCGUUAGACAUUGCAAUAGACAAUGGAAACGAAGAUCUCGCAGAAAUAUUACAGAUUGCCAUGCAGAACCAAAUCAAUACAAAUCCAGAGAGUCCAGACACUGUGACAAUACAUGCAGCGACACCACAGUUUAUCAUUGGACCUGGAGGGGUGGUAAACCUAACAGAUGAGACAGGAGUGUCUGCUGUACAGUUUGGAAAUUCAUCAACGUCAGUAUUAGCCACGUUAGCAGCUUUAGCAGAAGCGUCAGCCCCAUUGUCUAAUUCUUCAGAAACACCAGUUGUGGCUACAGAAGAAGUAGUGACUGCAGAAUCUGUGGAUGGCGCUAUUCAGCAAGUUGUCAGUUCUGGAGGUCAGCAAGUUAUCACUAUAGUUACAGAUGGCAUUCAGCUUGGUAACCUCCAUUCGAUUCCAACCAGCGGGAUAGGACAGCCAAUCAUUGUGACCAUGCCAGAUGGUCAGCAAGUCUUAACAGUUCCAGCAACAGACAUUGCUGAAGAAACUGUGAUAAGUGAAGAACCACCAGUCAAGAGACAGUGCAUUGAGAUUGUUGAAAAUCGUGUGGAGUCUGCGGAAAUAGAAGAAAGAGAAACUCUUCAGAAGCAGCUGGAUGAGGCAAACAGAGAAGCACAAAAAUAUCGUCAGCAACUUCUAAAGAAAGAGCAAGAAGCAGAGGCUUAUCGGCAGAAGUUAGAGGCAAUGAACCGCCUCCAGACUAAUAAAGAAGCUGUUUAAUAAAAAAAAAAAAAAAGAACAUACUGCAAAGCCUGUUACUUUAAGUCAAAAAUCUGCAGUACAAUCUUGAACUGUACACUAUAUAGGUACAGACACAGGAUUACAUGAUAGAGAAGAUGCUACAAGUUGGUAACUGGACUUAAGCCAUGAGCUCUGAUGAAUUUCUUGUAACAUAAAAACUCUGAAUUUAGAAAUUGUGAAAAGUAUUUAAAAUGAAAUACUGUAAAUAGUUGUUUUUUUUACAGUUUCAAAAUGAGUUGAUAAAUCUUUUUGAAGGGAUCCAGAAACACAAGAAGCCAAUGUUUUUGUGAAAUUUUUGAUUUUAGUAUGAAUCUAAUUUCUGAAAAACAGAACAGUUUUAAGGGUGAUGUUGCUGAUUUAAGCUGACAACUUGAAAAUGAAUUAUGUGACAAAAUGAAUUAACAGUUAUUUCUACAAGGUAACAACUUAAACUUCUCCGAAUAAGACAUUUCCAGGUGGAAAUCUUUGUACAGCUUUAAGUAGUUGUCUAAUAUUAUCUGAAAAACAUUUUUUUUGUUUUUUUUUUUUAAGGCGGUGAAAUUUUUAUAUUUAAUUUCAGAUAUAUCCAAGUAGAUUUACAUGUAUAUGAAGCUAAUAUUUUUUAAACUUUUCAGUUUGUACAUAUGCUGCAUGUUUUUAUAAUUUCUACACAUACAUCUUGCAUAGGUAUUUUUCAGCAAAGAUGAGAAAAAUUAUGAGAAAAAUGUUUAGCCUAUAGAUCAUUUGAAGUAAGCUAGCAGCCAGUUUUAUUGUGAAUGGUAUAUUUCUUGGAAGAAUGUAAUUUGUAAUAAAAAAUAUUAACAAGUCUUAACUUACACAAUAUAGACAAUUUAAAAUUUGGCAGCGGAGGCAUUAAAACUUCACAAACUUUGCGUGUUUCAGUUUUCAUGUACAAACACUUUAAAUUUCAGCAAUGAACGUAAAAGAAUGUCUCCGCUGGAACAUGAAAAGUAGUUCUUUUAGAAUAUUCCUAUUGAUCCGUUUUCCCCCAUGGUUUUGAAAUUAUUUCAGUGAAACAUUUUUCUAAACAGACUUUUGAAUUUAAAUUAUGCAAUUGGACAAGUAAUUUUUUAUGUUGUAGUGAUGCUCUUCUUACCUAGCAUCAUCGUUCUUCACUGUGAUACUGUGUUUGUGUGCGUCUGUGCAGUGAUCUAUUAUGCUUAGGAUUUAUAGAGCACGUUACAUCUUUAAAGCAUUGUAAAAUCUUUUAAAGAACAAACCAUUACUAUGCUGCCUGAGGCAGGUAAGUGAGUGUUAUUGUCUCAAUUUUAUAACUAGUGUAAGCGCAACACAGGGAGUGUUAAACGAUUGGUCCCAGACCACAUGGAUCUGUGGUGGACCUGGGAAUAGAUCUCAGGAGUUGCUGGCUUCUAGUCCUGUGCUUAGACUAAGCUGCCUUAAGAUUGUUCAGUGCUGUGUUACGUUGGAUUUUGAACUACUGUGCAGAUUCCUUUUUUGUAAGAUAAAACUUUGUGCUUUGCUUUGUUGUUCCAUGUUUCACUGCUUUUAUGAAAUUGUUUAUAUAAACUUAAGCAAAAAGUCUAGUUUA